AUGAGGGAAGCGUCCUGCCCAGGCGGGGUUCCGAUGGAUUCCGCCGCCGCAAGAAACGACGUGCGGAUAGGAAGUCUCGAAUCCUACAAGCUGCUCUCCAAGAUCGGUGAGGGGGCCUUCGGCGUCGUGCGGAAGGCGCGCCACCGCAGCACCGGCCAGGAGGUCGCGAUCAAGUCCGUGCGUGCCGGCAGCGGCGAGGCGCUGCUGCGGGAGGCCGGGAUGCUGGCGACUUGCGCCAGCAACCCUGGCGUGGUGGAGCUUCGGGAGGUGGCGCGUGACGCGGAGAUGGACGAGCUCCACCUCGUCAUGGAGUACGUCGGGCCGAGCCUGCUCGACGUCGUGGGUGCGCGUCGCCGCGUUGGCAGCCCAUUCACGGAGUCGGAGGCGCGACGCGUGAUGAAGCGCCUGUUGGGCGGCGUGGAGAUGAUGCACGGCCACGGAGUCGUGCACUGCGACCUCAAGCCCGGGAACGUGCUACUCGGCGGGGAAGAUGGUCAGGGCCGGGUCCUCAAGAUUUGCGACCUCGGCCUCGCCAGGUCUGUGGACACGCCGCCACCGGACACCGCGGAGCUUGAGGGCACCCUCUGGUACAUGGCGCCGGAGCAGCUCCUUGGAGACAAGAUCGGCACGGCCGUGGACCUGUGGUCUCUCGGAUGUGUCAUGGCGGAGCUCGUCGCUGGGGAGCCGCUCUUCCAAGAGGCAAACGUGUACGAGCAGGUGGUCAAUAUCGUCCGCCUCCUCGGGAUCCCCGACCAGGUCUCCUCUAUGCCAUUCGGCGUGUCUUCCUCGACGCCGAGCCAGCUGCGGGACUUGGUGCCCGAGGAGAAGCUAUCACAGGCGGGCUUCGACGUCCUGCACGGCCUGCUAGAGUACGACCCAAAGGACAGGCUUAGCGCGGCGGCCGCACUCCAGAUGCCGUGGUUUGCGGUAGAGGAUGACCGAUGA